AUGGAGGUAGGGGCCACACACCUCACUGCGGCGUUGCUGGAGACAGCUGGGGCUCUGUUCCUAUUGCGGCCAGGAGGGGCACCAGCUUCAGCGGUGUCCGAUCCUACACUGCCCUUCGUGGUGGAGGUGGAUGCCUCAGAAGUGGGCGUGGGGGCCGUCCUGUCCCAACGCCAAGAGGGGAACUUUGACGUCGGCGACUGGGAGCUCCAGGUGGUGAGGUUGUCAUUAGAGGAGUGGAGACACUGGCUGGAGGGCGCCAAGGACCCAUUUCUCACCCUCACCGACCAUCGGAACCUGAAGUACAUACAGACAGAUGUAGAUGUGGACAUCCACCAGGCUCUGGAGAGGGAACCCGCACCUGCUACCUGCCCUCCGGAGCGCACCUACGUUCCCACGGGGGAAUCACUGCCAGGACCAGCAGGGGGAGUGGGCCCACUUCCUUCCCUGGGCGGAGUACGCCCAGAACUCACUUCGUCACUCCUCCACCAGGCUGACUCACUUCCAGUGCAUCCUGGGAUAUCAGCCAGACCUGGCCCCGUGGACCCUGAGCCAGACCAAACCCCUGCGGUGGACGAGUGGUUCCGGCGUGCAGAGGAGGUUUGGAACGCUGCUCACGUGAGGCUCCAGCGCGCCGUCUGCCGCCAGAAGGAGCAGACGGACCGCCACCUCAAUGAGGCUCCCUUGUUCCAUCCUGGUGAUCUCGUCUGGCUCUCCACCAGGAACCUACCGCUCCACCUGCCCUGGCGGAAGCUGAGCCACGGGUUUGUGGGGCCCUUCAAGGUCCUCCGGAGGGUCAACGAGACCGGUGGUUCCUUGUCCCCUGAAUGGUGCCGUCCCCCGCGACACCUCUCCGCCUCCCAUGGACAUCGAUGGGACCACCGCCUAUGCCGUCAGGUCCCUCCUGGACUUCCGACGUCGUGGGGGUCGGCUCCAGUACCUGGUGGACUGGGAGGGGUACAGCCCAGAGGAGUGCUGUUGGGUCUCAACGGCCGACAUCCUGGACCCCAACAUUGUCCGGGAUUUCCACCUCCGCCGUCCAGACCGGCCUGCUCCUCACCCUCGGGGCCGUCCUCUUGGCCGGCGUCGUCCUGCGGCUGGAGCCGCGCAUCAGGGGCGGGCUAUUGUCACGUCUACUCCCGCUCCAGCGCGUGACGUCGCCGGUCUACUAACCAUCAUUCCGCACACCUGGACUCAUUAUCACCUUGAUUACUCUCCCUUUAUUUAGCCCUCAGUAGCCUCAGUCAUCAGGCAGUAUUGGUUUUGGUCACGUUCAGUACACUUGUCCUGUUUUGUUUAUCUGCCUUUUCUUAUCAUUAAACUCACCUGCACCUGCAUCCUGACUCCCAGCAUAUACGUUACACAUACUCUACCAACUGAGCUCCACAGGACCACAUGUAUGUCAUACUGUAACCUGACUUCAACGCAGGGUAGUAAAGAGAAUUGUAUAAAUUGGCUGAGGCAGUAACACAGUAAUGUACAUCAGGGACAUGUUUCUAAUUUCAUCUGGUUCCGAAAAAAAAUAAAAACUGUAAAUGAGAACUGA